GCGUAUUUGAAAACACUUCGUGUCAUUGAUGCUCCAUAAUAUUUAACACUAAAUUGUUAUUAAGUAAAAUAUUUAAUGCUUGCUAUAGUACUUGUAAAAGGAAUAUAAUAUUUUUAGUUUAGCACUUAGCAGUACACUUGCAACGCAUCAAGUGCAUAGAUAGCACUCAGCAUGGCAGAUGACAAAAUGACAACAAAUAGCAAAUUUGUGUUACCGGUGAGCAGUGAUGAAAAUGUGAGUGUACUGGCAGUGAUUUACAGAUUUUUUAAAAAGGUGGCAAUAGUAGGCGCAGUGUACUUGGUGGGUUAUAUGCAAUGGAGCGUGGCCUGGCUCAUCGGUCCCGUGAUAUUGUCCUUGAUGAGAGAUCAGUGGCGCAGGGAAAACGAGUACCGUCGGAAUUUGGCUAAAACGGCUGCAAUGUCUUCCGAGAAAGACAUCGUACUAGCGCGACUCGAUGAUCUUCCGUCUUGGGUCUUUUUUCCGGACAUCGAAAGGGCAGAGUGGCUUAACAGGAUUCUUCUUCAAGUGUGGCCGAAUGUGAACCGUUACGCGAGGAGUCUUCUAAAAGAAACCAUUGAACCAGCAGUUAUCGAGGGUUUGGCAAAUUAUAAAUUGAAUGGCUUCAAAUUUGAAAGAAUGAUUCUUGGUACAAUUGCGCCGCGCGUCGGAGGCGUCAAAGUAUACGAUAAGAACCUUUCCAGAGAUGAAAUCAUCAUGGACGUUGACCUGUUCUAUGCCGGUGACUGCGAUAUUUCUUUCGUCCUUCGACGUAUUCGAGGAGGCAUUAAAGAUCUACAGAUUCACGGUAUGUUACGUGUAGUGAUGAAGCCUCUCAUCACCAAGAUGCCGCUAGUGGGCGGUCUACAGAUUUUCUUCCUGAACAACCCGGCCAUCGAUUUUAACCUCGUCGGCGCCGUGGACAUCCUCGACAUGCCUGGCUUUAGUGACGUUUUACGGCGCUGCAUCGUCGAACAAAUAGCUAAAUUGAUGGUCCUACCAAAUAAACUGCCUAUAAAACUAAGCGACGAAAUACCAACAGUUGACCUGCGUAUGCCCGAACCAGAAGGCGUCCUUCGAAUCCACCUGGUACAAGCUCAGAAUCUUAUGAAGAAAGACGUUUCCAUGUUAGGUAAAGGUAAAUCUGACCCGUACGCCGUCAUAACUGUAGGCGCUCAGCAGUGGAAGACCAAGCACAUCGACAACGACAUCAACCCGCGCUGGGAGUUCUGGUGCGAGGCGAUAAUAAGCUCGAGAAAGAGCCAGGUGCUGCAGUGCGAGCUCUGGGACUGGGACCCGGGGAUGGGCAUCGAGAACGAUGACUAUCUCGGCAGAUGCUCUCUAGACAUCUCCCAAGUUGUACGCGCCGGUCGAAUGGACACGUGGCAAACACUUCAGCAAGCGAAGACUGGCAAAGUGCAUUUACGCUUGUCGUGGCACCGACUAUCCACUGACUUAUUGGACCUAAGUCAUGCUAUCACUGAAACUCAACUUGUGAAGAAUGCGGAAUUGAGUUCAGCAGUUGUCUCUGUGUACAUCGACUCAUGCAAGCAUUUACCGAGCGCUCGCGUGCAGUCUCGGCCCGACCCCUACCUGAUCGUGACGGUGGGCAAGAGGUCCGAGCACACCGCCGUGCAGAUGCGCACCGACAGCCCCGUCUACGAGAUCGGAUACUCCUUCCUGGUGCAGAACCCAGAAAUUGAUGUUCUGGAAAUAAGGGUACUAGACCAGAAGACGGGAAGCCAACUAGGACAGCUGAGCUACGCGAUCUCCUGGCUGUUAAAAGAAAAAGAUCUCACAAUGUUGAAUCAGCCGAUGAACUUACAAAAAUCUGGACCCGAAACUAAAAUUAUUUUAGCGGCUCAAUUAAAGAUAUUAAAAGAGGCGAUAAAGGAGAAGGACUACGAAGAAGAAAGUGUGACAGCCCCCAGUGAGCCCGAGCCCGAGCUGACCGGUCCUUCCGCUCCUACCGCCCCGGCCUAUCCGCCCCCAGUUCAACCCUCGCACACAGAAGAACUCAAGGACUUUGUAGACAAUGCACCUCCAAACCAAUCUGAUAACCUAUCUGAAAAGUCAAUUCCUGUUGAACAAAUAAUAAAUAAAGAAGUUGAUGUGCCUCAAGAGAGUCAAAUACCAUCAGAACGGGACUCACCGAAGCUAGUUCAUAGGACCUCCUCACUGACAACGUCUGCUGGUGAAGCUGGCCUAGGUCGUAUAUUAUUGUCACUCCGAUAUAGUAUGCAAAACCAAGUUCUUUACGUGGUUGUACACAAAAUUAUGAAUAUACCAUUGAAGGACCCUAGCAAUGUGCCUGACCCGUACGUUAAAUUGUACUUACUGCCUGGACGCUCCAAAGAUUCGAAACGCAAAACAGUUGUGGUGAAGGACAGCUGCAUGCCGGAGUUCGACGAGCAGUUCGAGUGGGCCAUUCCGCUCACGGAGCUGCACUCACGCCAGCUCGAGGUCACCGUCGCCACGCACAAAGGCUUCCUCACCGGCAGCCCAGUCAUCGGACAGGUAAUAGUACAUCUUAACCAAUAUGAUCUCCGCGAGGCAAAAACAGUGUGGUUAGAUCUUUUACCUGAAGCAUCACCUCGAGAUUAGUUUGAUCAGUAUUGAGAUAUUUUAUAAAAUAUUCUUAUGUCAACGCUUUUGCAUUUUUUAAUCGUUUAUAUGUAAAGCUUUUAACCUUAUCCUAAUAAAUCUGAAAGUAGUCAAAAUUUUUACUCUUAGCAAACUGUUGUUCUUAUUAUUUAACAAAAUCAUUUUUUUUUUUUUGUAAUUUAUAAGAUAAUAUAAGUACCGUAUCAGUAAUUAAAGUGUUCAAAUAAUUUCUUAUUAAGUACUAGUUUUUUUUAGUAUUACAAUGAGAUAUCUUGUUCAGUCAUAAACAUGAUUUUUUUUUCAGUUUGCAUUUAUAAUAUAUGAUAUAUAUAAAUAACUGUUAUAACUCAAAUAGAUUUUGUCUAUAGAUGAAAAAAUUAUAUAAAUAUUUUUCUACAAAAAUACUUUUGGUCGAAUUGUAACAAAUUCCAUAUUUUCUAUGCAGAAUUCCCAUAAUUUCUUUAUCAGACCUCUGCCCAAGUUGCAUGGAAGUAAUCACUGCAUUAGGGAUAAAGCCACCUGUUGCUACUAUGUUACUUACAAAUGUAAUUCUGUAUUUUGUCAAUUAUGGAUUGGUGUGUAAAAUAUAAAUAAACACUAAAUUAAUCGUCUAAUAAUUGACGUCUGUUUGUAGUAAGGCUCGUUGUUGGAGAUGAAGCUUUAUCUCGAAUAAGGAAUUAUUUGUAUUGUAAACUGAUGAUAAUAUUUAAUGACAAAUUUACCGAGUAUUAAUUACAAUUAUGUGUUUGCAGUUCACGAUAACAUAGGAAAAUAAAAUGUUUUUUUUUUAUUUAUUUAUACAAAAGUUUAUUGUUUCACGUCUUAUAAAUGUUGUAUUUUAUUGUAGUAUUUAUAUUUAACAGUUGUUAUUUAAAUAUAACAGAAAUAUAGUUAAUUACAUCUUAUGAAUAUUAAGAUUUACUAUUUAAGUGUAAUGUUGUAAUAAUUAUGCUUCAUUUGCUUUUUAACAGAAAUAAAUAUUUUUUUUACAUU